AUGCAUAAAAAUAUAGAAGCUUUAAGAAGAUUGCGUAUGACAAAUUCUUCAUGUCCAGAAAACGUUUUAAAGCUUUCAAAACCUAUAAUACAAUCGAAUAAUCCUAGCUUAUUUCGUGAUGAAAUUUGGGAAAUAUAUGAACAAACUUUUCUUGCAUCUUUAGAAAUAGGAGAUGAUGAAUUAGCUAAUCAAUGUCUUACAGAGCUUUUAAAAAAAUUCACUACAUCUACAUCUGUCAUUGCUCUAAAAGGAUUAUAUUUAGAAGCUAUAGGUAAUACUUCGGAAGCACUUAAGUAUUAUAAUGAUAUUCUUUCAAAGGAUGAAUCAAAUAUUCCUAUUUUAAAACGACGAAUAACUUUACUUCGUUCAUUAGGCAAAACAGAAGAGGCUAUAAAUGAAUUGGUAAAGUUCUUAGACAUAUGGUAUUUAGAUGCAGAAGCUUGGGCAGAAUUAGCUGAUAUUUAUUUUUCAUUUCAUUUGUACAAAAAGGCGUUAUUUUGUUAUUCAGAACUAUUAUUAUUACAGCCAUCUUCUCAUUUAAUUCAUGCUCGUUGUGCAUUAGUUCUAUACAUACAAUCAUUCACCAAACCUAAUUUACUUCAUGCAGCUGCCAAAGAAUAUCUUAGAUCUAUAGAGCUCAACGAAAAUUUUUUGCAAGGAUUUUGUGGGUUAAAAGAGUGUUGUAUAUCUCUUUUAAAACAACCAUCUUCAUUCUGGAAUACUAAUAAAAAGAUCAAUUAUGAAAUAAGUGUUUUUAAAGAAAAACCAUUGAAUAUAAAAAAAGUUAAAUCCUUAGAUGAAAUAGCUUCAAAAAUGCUUAGAAAGUUUUUACAUGAAGGAAAACCACCUAUCAAUGAAAAAAAUGUACAAAAAUAUGUUAAGAGUCUUAUUGAAUCCUAAAGAUAUUUAAAAAUGAAAUUCAUAUGAAAUAAGAUUUAAAGAUUUAUUAUUAUAAUUUCAAGGCUUGAUAAACUAC